AGGAGGAAGUGCAUUCACUUCAGUUGAUUCAGAGUGUAAUGACGCUUUUGUUUGUCCUCGUUGUAUUUCUCCAAGUGGGCCAAAUUGAGUCCAUCCCCGAAGUCUCUGGGUAUGUUGGAGAGACAGUUACCUUGCCCUGUCAUGCCAACCCAUCGUGGAAUCUUUCCAAAAUUGAGUGGUCCGUAUUCUCAAACAACACUUGGAUUGCCACCUUUCGCAAAGGAAACAGAAAUACUGAAUGGGUCUCUCGGUAUAAUGGAAGACUCACACUCAACACCACCUCAGGUGACCUGAUAAUCCAUAAUGUGAGCCUAGCUGAUGCCAUGGAAUACAGGGUGGACUUCAUCAACGAUAAGGGGCUCGACGACAUUACCAAGGUUAAGCUCACAGUGAAACAGCGACUCCAGAAACCGACCAUACAGGAAGUGGCCUCACCAUCUGGAAAAGAAAAGUGCUGGCUGGUGCUGUCUUGUUCUUCAGCUGAUAAAGGCGUUACCUUCACCUGGCACGUUAAACAUCCCAGUGUGUCUUUCUCCAGCAUAAGGGAGCCUGACAAUAUAGUUCUUGUAGCGUGUCUUAAGAACAUACAGAACGACUUUGAAAUCACCUGUACCUCCAGCAGGAACAUGGAGAACGCCUCAAGUGUUUUCAUUCAGAAGCACAGGGAUGAAAAGCCUCAGCCACAAACCCAAUCACCUCCUCAGUUCACAACCUCAGCUACCUCCCUAACCUCAGCAAGUCCAUCAGCCCAGAACAGGAGUAGAGAUUGUGUAGCUUUUUUCAUGGGAGGCAUCUUGGGAGGUUCAUUGACUGUUUUGAUAUUUAUUUUCAGAGGGCGAAUCAAAAAGGCUUGGGAAUACCUCAAAGGAAAACUGUUACCACCAAAAAGUUCAUCACAAAGCUCUUAAUUACAGAGGAAGAGGAAGAGGAAGAGAAGUACACACAGUCCAUCAGCGGAACAGCGUGGAUCAAUAAUAUUGAUCUGAAUGAUUUAAAACUAAUCCAGUUCUGCUUCCUCCCCUCCCCCCUGCUCUGGUGCUUUAGACGUUCCCCUGCUCCAACACACCUGACUUAAAUGAAUGGCUCGUUAUCAGGCUUCUGAAGCACUUGAUUAGGAGCUGAAUUAGGUGUGCUGGAGGAGGGGGAACAUCUUAAAACAUGAUUUUCCAGUUCAGGUGAGGGAGGUGGAAGCAUAUUGCUGAUUGACCAAAGAAUGUAAGAGGAGAUAUGACUUGAGAUAGGACUUUGUAGUUCUUGAAAGCUCAAAGUGUCAACUCCAAAACAACAUUUUGAUAAGUUGCAAAGUCAGAACACAGCUGGUUAGUGUGUGAAACGUUUGUAGUGUAAAUAAAUUUCUACAAGAAGAAUAAUAUAUGUUCUUGAAGAAUGAUAUAUGUUCUUCUCAUCCUGUAAGCAGUUCAGCUUGACAGCACACUUCCUUAUGUUCUAACCCCACUUACACCAAAGCCUUUAAAUGUGAUUAUUUGUUGUCUUUUUAACAACUUUCUGUCAGUCAGGAACUCUAAGCAGAGUGGUGGACUUCACAUUUCUGGAAACCUCAAAGCCUCUGAACAUUUCUGCUCAACUGCAAAACCACUUUUUGAUGAGUUGCAAAGCACAUACAGCUGGUUUGUAGUUUGUCGCUUUUACUCAGGGAGAAUAACUUGUUUACACAGGUACAUUGAAGGAGACUGCCGACACCACACGUUUGCUUUUUGUUCUACCUCACUGGUGCUCUUUUGUUCAUUUUAUUUUUUUUAAUCAGCCAGUUUGUUCCUAAUGAAUUCAUAUUGUUGUUUUUUCUUUCUGGCUUGACGAUUUCUAAAAGUAUUCUAUUUUACAAGAUUACAAGAGACUGGAAAAUUUGGUGACAAGUCCAAAAUUAUUGUGUAUUGUUUUGUAUUGUAUUUUUGUAUUAAAAAGUCAUUGAUGUUUAAAUGA